AUGCACGGGGCUGCAGUGGGUGCCGCUCAGCCGUCUGCCGCUACCGCCGCUUCCGCCUCGGUGUCCGCGCUAUCAGCAGGCGGACUGGCCGCCGCGGAAUCCGCUGGCGCUGCGAACGUCUCGAUUGCAGCAUCAGCAGCGGGAGCCGCGGUAUCAGCGUCGGCUGCGCACGGCGGCGCGACGGUGACGGCCGGCGGCGCAGGCGGAGCGUCGGAGGGAUCCGGCGACAGCGCGGCGGUCGCGGCGUUUCUCGCGGGGCUGAUGCCGAAAGAGGAGAUUGGCGCGCAGCGGUUCCUGCAGUCGCACCCUCAUGCUGAUGGACGAGGGGUGAUCGUGGCUAUAUUCGACUCGGGAGUGGAUCCGGGAGCCUCGGGCCUGCAGGUGACGACCGAUGGCAAGCCCAAGGUCAUAGAUGUCGUUGACUGCACGGGGAGUGGGGACGUGGACAUGAGCACAGUCGUCAAGGCAGACAAAGAUGGCUACAUCACAGGAGCGUCAGGUGCACGGCUGCAGGUGAACAGUGCGUGGAGCAACCCGACAGGGGAGUGGCGCGUGGGCGUGAAGCCUCUGUAUCAUGUUCUCAAUGAAACCGUGCUGGACCGAGUCAAGAAGGAGCGUCGUAAGAAGUGGGACGCGAGGCAGCAGGCGUUGGUCACGCAGGCUCUCCGCCAGCUGGCCGAGUUUGAAUCGAAGCCAUCCAAGGGCAAGGACGAAGCAGGCAAGAAGGAGAAGGAGGAGCUACAGGCGCGAUUGGAUCUGCUGCAAUCCAUGCAGGACUCAUACGAGGACAUGGGGCCGCUGAUAGACGCAGUGGUGUGGCAUGAUGGCACCACGUGGCGGGCAGCUCUCGAUACCACUGACCUCUAUGUUCACAUCGCCCACGCUGCUGAUGUUGCGCCUGGUGCUGCUGCUGCUGCUGCUGCCGCUGCUGCUGCUGGUGCGGCUGGUGGUGGUGGAGUAGGGGCGUCUGGGAAGGAGGAAGGGGAGGCGAAGCCUGCUGUUGUGCCUGGGCGCUUGGCGGAUUUCAUCCCUAUGACCAACUAUAGGCUCGAGCGGCAGCAUGCAACGUUCAGCCCGAUGGACGCGUGUGGGUUUGCAGUGAACAUAUACGACGAGGGCGCGGUGCUCUCUAUAGUCACGGAAGCCAGUGCUCAUGGCACCCACGUGGCAGGCAUCGUGGCCGCUUGCCACCCUGAGGCGCCAGAGUUGAACGGCAUAGCGCCGGGAGCGCAGCUGGUGUCGUGCAAGGUGGGAGACACGCGCCUGGGGUCCAUGGAGACGCCUCAGGGGCUCAUCCGCGCACUCAUCGUCGCGCAGCAGAACAAGUGCGAUGUGAUCAACAUGAGCUAUGGCGAGCCGGUCGCUGUGCCCAACUAUGGCCGCUUCAUUGAUAUCGCCAACCAGAUAGUGCACAAGUACGGCAUCACGUUUGUGAGCAGCGCAGGCAACGACGGGCCGGCGCUGUCAACAGUGACAGCACCGGGAGGCACGACGUCGUCCAUCAUGGGCAUCGGCGCGUUUGUGUCGCCGUCCCUCGCUGCCUCCUCCCACCUCACCCUCGACUCCCUGCCUGACGGCCAGCAGUACACCUGGUCGAGCAGAGGCCCGACCCCAGACGGGCAUGAGGGCGUGAGUGUGAGUGCGCCAGGGGGAGCCAUGGCGCCAGUGCCCACGGCGCAUCUGCAGUCGCGCAUGCUCAUGGCUGGCACCUCCAUGGCCUCGCCCAACGCUGCCGGGGGCGUGGCUCUCCUCAUCUCCGCCCUCAAGCAAGACAUGGGCGUGGCGAAGCCAGGGCCGCAUGCCAUACGGCGCGCACUGGAGGUGACAGCACAGGAUCUGGCGGGGGAGAACCAAGCCCUGGCGCUCACCCACGGCAGAGGGCUCGUGCAGAUCGACAGGGCAUUCGAGUACCUGUGUCGGUACCCAGCCUCUUCCCUCGAGCUCACAUCAGACAUCCGCUACUCAGUGCUCGUCAAAGCAGCGUCAGGAGCGGGGGGUUCUCGUCGAGGAAUCUACAUCAGAGAGCCAGGGGAAGCCGCUGCUCCUUCAGAGUGGCAAGUAUUCGUGGAUCCCUGGUUCCAUGAGGAUGCAGACAACCUGACCGUGAAGGCACUCUUUGAGUGCACACUCAAGCUCGUGCCCACCGCUGACUGGGUCAAGGCACCUGACCUGCUUCUUCUCCCCAACAACGGCCGCAACUUCUAUGUGCGGGUGGACCCUUCCUCGCUCCCACCCGGCCUGCACUACGCGGAGCUGCGUGCCAUAGACACGGCCAACGAGUGGCAGGGGGCGCUCUUCCGCGUGCCCAUCACGGUCGUUAAGCCCCUCGUGCUGCCCAACCCUGCUCUACCCCACCGCUUCCCUUUCGGCAUGCUGCAACCAGGGGACGUGCAUCGCACGUUCAUCACAGUCCCCCAUGGGUCCGCGUGGGCGGAAAUCCACCUACACCUCUCCGCCUUCACCGUUCCUCUCACCGUCGUCAUUCACACGCUGCAGCUGCUCCCAGCCCGCCGCCCCACGUACCGGCGCACGCGGGCCUUCUACCAGUUCACAGCGCCCUCCUCCAAGUCCCUCUCGAUCCUCGUGGAAGGAGGGGGCACGCUGGAGGUUGCGGUGGGCUUGAACUGCUGCCAGGUGGACUUUCAUGGGUUGACGCCAGUGCAUGGCGAUGUGACCAUCAACGGGGGCUCCAACGUGCAACGCAUUGACAUCACGUCGGCUCCCUUCCGCAUGGAGCGAUUCACCCCCACUGUCUCCCUCAACAGAGUGCGGGCGGCUUAUCGCCCAUCAGAGGCGAAAGUGGAGCCACUCUCGUCCACCAGAGACAUGCUUCCGGAUGGCAGGCAGAUACAGGCACUCAAUAUCACCUACAAGUUUUCUAUAUCAGAAUCGGGCCGCUACACCCCUCGUCUCCCCCUCCUGAACCAGCGACUGUACGACAGCGAGGUGGAGGGGCAGUUCUUCCAGCUGUUCGACUCGCACCGGCGCCUGCUGGCCUGCGAGGACGCCUACCCCAAGCCCGUGAAGCUGGGCAAGGGCGAGUUCACGGUGAAGCUGCAGAUCCGCGGCGACCAGGUGGGGCGGCUGGAGAAGCUCAAGACCAUGCCGCUGCUGCUGGAUAGGACGCUGGACGACAAGGACGCGACACCUGGCACGCUGCUACUGGGCCGCAUGACUCUCGCCAAGACCGGGGGCCUGUUUGUCAACACGGACGCCAAUGCUGCUGCGCCGUGCCGCGUGCAUGUCACCUACGUGGUUCCGCCUCCCAACAAGCUGCAGGACGCCAAGGUGAAGGUGCUGGCAGUGGCGGCAGCAGAGGAGGAUGCAAUCCUGCACUCCCAUCAAUCCGCAACUCCUGAAACUUUACCCUCUAUUUCCGAUCCAUCCGUGGUGGAGGCAGCGGUUGCAGUGGUGUGGCCAGCAUUGUCCGCACCAACUCCAACCCCCCCCCUCUCCCGCCUCCCUCUCUUGCCCUCCUCCCUCCCCCACCCUCGCCUUUCCCCGUGUCAGGUGGUGGAAGCAGCAGACGCAGUGGUGGCCAGCAUUGAUCGCACGGCUCUGGCUGUUUUCCUGGCCAUGAAGUGCGAGCCCGAGGGACCAAACGCACAGGCGGAGAAGAAGGAGAAGGAGGCACAGAGGGACGCUCUGGUAGAGGCGCUGCACAAGAAGGCGCUUGCUCUCGGUGACCUGCAGUCGCCCUUCUCUGCCGCUCCCUCUGCUCCAUCAUCAGAGUCACCAGCAGCAGCUGGCGCUCCAGAAACCGCCACUCUUGCCGUCACCGAAGCAGCACCGGCAGCACCAUCGCCCGCUGAUGCUCCUUCAGCUGCUGCUCCAGCCGCUCUUGAUCCUGGAGCUGGAGGUGGUGGUAAUGGUGGCGAUGCAUUUGAGGAGACAUAUGCGGAGCUGCGCAAGUGGGCAGAUGUGUCCCAGUCCAAGUAUGGCAUGCUGGGGAUCAUGAGGGAACGACGUGCCAACCGCCCUGCACUCGCACUCAAGAUUCUCAACAAGGUGUUGGAGGAUGAUCCGAAGCAGGCGGACAAGAAGAUGCAUGAGCUCAAGGUGACCCUCCUGCAGCAGCUGCAAUGGCCGCUGUGGGCCGUGCAUGAGAAGCGCUGGAACACUGCGCGCUUUCCCGCUCACUGGGCUCCCUUCUGA